CAAACACAUCUAUUCGAGGUGUGAAUCGCUAUCCUUGAUGUUGUGCUUCGUUAAAGAUGUCUGGAAAAAAUGUUAAUCGUCCCAGCAAAGUGCAAAUUUUAGGUUAAGAAUGAUCAGUGAAAAGUUAAAACAAAAGUUCUGGGAUGUGUUGCACUUUCUGUGUUACGAUCCGAAACGGCUCGUUAGGAUAAUUGUGCUCAGCGUUUGCAGUGUCGUGGUGAUUUUUCAGCUGACGGAAUGCUUCCACAAGUUGAUCAAUCCCCCAAUUACGACCCAUUCGAGAUUCGAUCUGAACGAAUCAAUGUCCUACCCAGCGAUCACAUUUUGCCGGAAUCCACCGUACAAAUUCGACGUUAUGGAACGGUACAAUCUGUCGCAACAUCCCAAGUAUGCCAAUGCCUUCAACAAUUUCGACUUUAGUCAAGCGACGCUGGCCGACUUGUUUCGAGAUGCAACGUACAAUCAGAGUGAAUUUUUCAUACAAUAUGGAUUAGAUGGGUUGACCGAAAAUGUCGAAGUGAUAAGUAGUAUGCACCUGGAUAUGGGACAAUGUUUCACAUUGAACCCGUUGACAACGACAACCCAUUCGUGGAAGGACGUCGGCUACUCCAUUUUGUUGCAGCACGACAUCAGGGACGAUGUGUAUUUUUUGGGUGAAGAUUUGCCCGGGUGGCACAUUUUUAUCCAUGAUCCAGUUGAAGGAUUUGCAGAAAAUCGCAUGCAAUCGUCCGGCCGCGUUGAAUACCUUUUCAUGGAGGUGGACGAGGAAAUCGAAAUCAAGCUAACCACGCAACACUUUUACAUGCUGCCAAGUGCGGAAAAUUUGUGCACCACUCAAACGGAAAUGAGCUCCACAAGGUGUAGCGAACUGUGCCACUGGCAGCACGUGAUCGACGUCGUUGGCUGUACUGGGCCUUGGAUGCCGAACAGCGAAGAGGAACUGUGCGACACGGCCAAUGAAACGCAACAACUGAUCAAGCACUACAACCGGCUGGAAGAUCUGGACAGUCGCAUCUGUGGAUGUUAUCAGCCGUGCUCCACGACUAUCUUCACGGCUUACGUGAUGAAUAGGAAACACUACCGGAUAAACGUUCCGUCCGGACAGGUUUGGCUGUACUACACCUCGAAAAUGGUUACGAUUGUCGAAGAGUUCCAUGGAUACGAUCUGACCCAGUUCGUGGCUGAUUUGGGAGGAUCACUUGGUUUCCUGCUGGGGCUGUCGGUGCUUGGAUUAAUAGGACUGCUAGAGAAGAUCGUCGCGCUCUUAUUUAUACGUAACCUGAUAGCCGAGAAGCGAAACCGAGCCGGUUCCAAAGAUACAAAGCAGCAACAGCAACAAGAGAAGGAAAAAUCCGACGAUCUGAGCCAAAACUACACCAGCAUUACGGAGUGCAGCGACACAACACUGGCGGUUGCAAAUGUCAAGAAAUAAAAGUUAAAUUAGGUGUAUCAUUGUCGCAACAUGUCUAAGAUUAAAUUUAACGUUUAGUUGGAGAAUAAAAAUGACCCCUCGAAUGAAA